GAACGAAACACUGAGGUCAGACGUAGUUAUUAACCAGUAGCAAAAGUCAUGAUAAUUAAUCAGUAACAAUUAUGAAAUAUAAAUUCAGUCUCUCGCUGACAGUGUUGCAAAGUGAUGAAAUAUUAUCAUUGAGAAUACAUGCAGGAAACUUAGCUUAUUUUCUUUAAUUUAGCAGUAUUUAAGUGUUAUCGUCGAAUAACAAAAGUAUAAGUGUUAAUAAUCUAUCGUUAAUAAUCUAUCGCAAAGCUGUAUUUUCCACCACACGUAGAAAUGCCUGCCCGUCGUAUCGCAGUGAUAGGCGCUGGUUCCAGUGGACUGACGGCGCUAAAAUGCUGCCUAGAUGAGGGACUCGAACCCGUGUGCUUCGAGAGGACCGGGUACAUCGGUGGUCUAUGGCACUUCACAAACGAAUCUACAGAGGGGCAGGCAUGCGUGAUGAGGUCCACUGUGAUCAAUACGUCCAAAGAGAUGAUGUGUUACAGUGACUUCCCCAUCCCGGCCGAGUUCGCAAUUUACAUGCACAACACGAAGGUCGACCGCUACCUCAACAUGUACGCCGAAAAGUUCGGCCUCCGCAAGUACAUCCGCUUCCACAUCGAGGUAGUACACGUUAAAAUCGGGUCCGAGCCAGGCAAAUGGGAAGUCACGACGAGAACAAAGAACGCAGAUGACGUCACCACGGAAAUCUACGACGGCGUUCUCGUGUGCACGGGACACCACGCGGACAAAAACAUUCCGGCGUUCCCGAGCAUAGACAAGUUCCGGGGACGCGUUGUUCACACGCACGACUACAAGGACUUCCGGGGCUACGAGGACAAGCGCGUGCUCAUCAUCGGGAUCGGGAACUCGGGCGGUGACGUCGCUACGGAGCUCAGUCGCAUCUCCUCACAGGUCUACCUCAGUACCAGAUCCGGUUCCUGGAUCUUCAACAGAGUGGAUAAAGGCGGGGACCCGGUGGACAUGCGCAAUAGCACCCGAUUUAUGAAGACCCUGCGAAGGAGACUCCCCUCGUCGUGGGCCAACAAACUCUUGGAGAUGCGCCUUAACGGCAGGUUCGACCACGCUAAAUACUCCUUACGACCGAGUUAUCCGCCCUUCGCGGCGCACCCAACUAUUAACGACGAGUUGCCCAACAGGAUUGCUUCCGGUGGCGUCAUUGUGAAGCCUAAUGUCAAGGAGUUUACCGAAAACGGGGUCAUCUUCGAGGACGACAGCGUGGAAGACGACAUCGAUGAAGUAGUUCUUGCCACGGGCUACAUUUUUGGAUUUCCGUUUCUGGAUAAAUCAAUAACUGAGGUGAAGGACAAUAAGGUGAACCUCUACAAAUACAUGUUCCCGCCGGACCUACAGCAUCCCACCCUGGCCAUUAUCGGAUGUUUUCAGCCUCUUGGCGCCAUUAUGCCGCUCAGCGAGAUGCAGUGUCGUCUGGCAACACGGGUAUUCACAGGUGACGUCCAAUUACCCAGCAGACAGCACAUGUUUGACGACAUCCGCCGGAAGCAGGAGGAGAUGGCGGGUCGCUACAAUGCAUCGCUUCGCCACACGAUUCAGGUGGAGUACAUUCCUUUCAUGGACGAACUGGCUGAGCUGAUCGGCUGCAAACCGGAUAUCAAGAAGCUGUUGCUAAGCGACCCGAUGCUGGCACUCAAAUGCUACUUCGGGCCCGCCACGCCCUACCAGUACCGACUAAGAGGCCCGGGUCCCUGGGCGGGGGCGCGCGAGCACAUUUUCACGCAGUGGGAGCGCACUUAUCUGCCUCUGAGAACCCGCCCCGUCAAGGGCGGUAACUUGACCGAGACGUCCGGCAACACUUAUUUACUAUUGUUUGUGAUCGUGUUGAUUAUGGCGUACCUGUUAUACAUGUUAUGUGAUUGACGACUUCAGUGUGAUUGACGACUUCAGUAAAGCUCUAACAUCAUAAUCAUAGGCGGAGAGAAAAAUAUAGUGCCUACAAUGAGAAAAUCAUUAUUUUGUAUAUUUAAAUUAUGUUAAGACGAGAAUAUUAAGUGACAGUUAUUCUCUAUAACAAAGAAAAGUACAGGUUUUGAUACUUAUUUUUUUAAUUCAAAGCUACAUACACGUUUAGUUUUAAGACAUUUUGAAGCUUUUGAUAGGUACGGUUCAAACACUUGUAUUCAUCUUUAACAGCUCAAACAAUUUAAAACAAUACUCUGCUAAUAUUGUAACGCUUGAGUCCACUCUGUGUCUGCAAAUAGACAUCCGGGAGAAUAAUUUAAUUAUGUAGAGUUAAAAGAAACUAGCGUAACGACCUAACGAUGUUCUUCGCGAUAUACAAUUAUAAAUGUUAUUCCGUUGA